AUGGCUGAAAAGAGUUUGUCCAGAAAACGUCGGUAUCUGACAUUUCCUUCAGGAAGUUCUCUUCAACUAGUAUAUUGUCUUACGAUACCAUCAGUCGGAGUAGGAGCAAUUUACACAUUUGGAUUAACAGCAGCUUUGGCGUGGGAGUUACCAUCGACAGGCGAUGAAUUGUUAAUUCACGGAGUAAGAAGCUUUAACAACGAGAGAGAUAACUCAUACGUCCAUCCAGUCUAUCAUCAAAUUCAUAGACGUACUAGAAGGGAUCUAUACGUUAAACUGGAAAAACUAAUGACAGCGUUAAGCAAAGAUGGAAAAGCUUGCCUCAAGAAAGCAAUUUGUGAAGUUAGUCAGGUACCUCCAGGGAAGGGAACUUUGUAUCAAGAAUUAAUGAAGACUAUUUUUAGGAUCAAGCCACAUGAUGAUUACGAGGAUGAAGAUGACUACGACAGAGCUGCUAAUAAGAGUCACAACUGUAGUGAAAGAUAUUCUUCUUGUCAACAUUCGGUUUGGACUGACAUGUUUUAA